AUAAUGCAGAUCCAAAUUGCCCUAUAUUAAAUACUUCUUUUAUUUUUUUAAUCCACCAUUACACGAGAUUGACAUUGUUAAACGAGAAUAACGGAAAAUUAUUACAGAACUUUGACUUAGACUCAUAUAAUAUUAAUUUCAGCGAAGAAAACGAAGCACUUCUCCUUUUAUUUUUUCCAUCGUCUUCACACGGCUCCUUUGACCGCUCGUUCCACUUAAACCCACCUUCCCCUGCGCGAAAGCCUCCAUGAUCCGAGAAGAAGAGAACAGAGGAAGAAGAAAUAGAUGGAGAACAAGGAGGAAAGAGUUCAGUCACUUAAUCUGGAGGUCAAAGUUCCCAGCUUUUUCCGGUGCCCGAUCUCCCUCGACGUGAUGAGAUCGCCGGUAAGUCUCUGCACCGGCGUUACCUACGACCGCUCCUCCAUCCAGCGUUGGCUUGAAUCCGGCAAGAAAACCUGCCCCGCCACCAAUCAACCUCUUCCUUCCACCGACCUUAUACCGAAUCUCACCCUUCGCCGCCUUAUCCAGCUCUGGUCUGCCACUGCCGACUCCGUCGCCAAUUCUGCUCUCAACAACCAUAGACAUGUCGCGGUUAAUAUCGUACGUGACAUCCGCUCCUCCUCCGACCCCUCCCCUCUCCUCCGCCGCCUCGCCGACUUCUUUCUCGACGCCGAUAACGAUGUUUUUGAGAAGAACGCCAUCGUCGGCUGCGCCGCCGCAGCCGUUUCCUCUGUACUGAUACAGAAUGCUGGCCAGAUUGAGACCCUGCGUGCCGCCGCUAAGGCCCUCGCCGUAAUCCUAGCCACCGAUUGCAUCGAGGAGAACAAUAAGAAGGUCGCGAUAUCUUAUCUAAUCUCUCAUCUAAGCGCAUCGGUUUCCGCCCUGCUCUCCAUCUUGAAAGAUGGAAAAACGGUGGAAUCUAGUGCGGAUGCAGCUAGGAUUUUGUGUGCGAUCCUAUUGUCAUCAGAUUCCAAUUCCAAGGUUUCGAUUGCCGAGAAGUCUGAUCUAAUACCGGAACUGAUUCGGCUAAUUAGACAAGAGAAGAUGCAUCGAGAUUCGAUCGAUGCCGGGAUUGACUGCUUGACGGCGAUUUGCGGAGUUCGAGGAGCGAAGUUUCGAAUGGUGAAGGAAGGGAUCGUUCCGGCGGUGGUGAAGGUGAUGAAAGCUGAGGCGGUGAUGGCGCCGGCGUCGACGACGGAGAAGGCUAUCAGGCUUCUAGAGGCGGCGUCCGGGAUUGCGGAGGGGAGAUCGGAAAUCUGCAAGGCGGCGGAGGAGUGUUUGGGCGCUGUGCUUCGGUGGAUGAUGAAGGUGGGGAAGGAAGGGAUGGAGGCGGCAGUGGUGGUAUUGUGGAGCGUUUGUUACCGAUUUCGGGAUCAGCGGGCGGUGGAAGCGGUGAAGGCGGAGAACGGCGGCGUUAUGAAGAUAUUGCUGUUGAUGCAGAGUAAUUGCUCGCCGGCUGUGCGGCAAAUGUCCGGCGAUCUGUUGAAGAUUUUCCGGGUGAAUACGAAAGGAUGUCUCGCGGGCUACGAUACCAAGACCACACACAUUAUGCCGUUUUAGAAGGAAAAUAUUUGGGUCAGGAUUUAUUAAACAAUAUUUA